AUGAGGGCCAACAAGCGAGCCAUUAUCAAAUUUAGCAUUGGCAAGUACCAAGAUGAGAUUUUGUGUGAUGUGGUACCCAUGCAAGCUUGCCAUCUAUUGCUUGAAAGACCUUUUGCACUCGAUGUUAAUGCCCAACAUAGUGGGAGAACCAACAAGAAAGGGAGGAUUAUAGAGACGAGGGAGCUUCGGGAGAAGUAUCAAAGGGAAGAAAAGGAGAAGGGUGAGAGGGAGACUUUGUUGGUCAAAAGUGGAGAGGAAACAUCUCAAGAUGGUUCCAAGAAAUGUUUGUUGGCCAAACCCAGUAAUUGCUUAAAAGGGGUUGAUGAGAGACACUUCAUGGUGUGUCUUGUCAACAAGGACCUUCUCUUGAAUGCUAACCAAGCUACUAGCACUUUGCCUAGUUGUAUAUCUUCUCUUUUGCAGGAAUAUGAAACAUUUGUCACACCGUUAAUCCGAUAG